AUGCCAGAGAUCGUACGGGAAAGAGUGGUGCGCGGAUAUGCGGGAAGGGAUCGGGACGACUAUUCUUCAGAUGAUGAUCGCUCGUCGUAUGGACGCUCCAGAGCCGGAGGCUCGUCUUAUCGCACUGUCCAACGUUACCGCGUGGGAGGUGACCAUGGCGACCGUGUUGAACCCGUCGACGACUUUCGUCGCACAUCGCACAUUGAGAUCGACCGCCCAGGGGAACGAGUGGAAAUCGACCGUCGUACCGAAGUUGAUCGCCUUCGAACAAGUGAUCGCGACCGAGACCGAGACCGAGACCGCUUCUAUGAUGGCCCGGAAAGACCCAGAUCGUCUAUCGAUAUUCGACCAGCGCGAUCAAGCUUCGUCGAACGAGAUGUGACUAUUGAGCGGGAGAAGCCUCGGGAGCGAGAACGAGAUACGACAUUUAUCGAACGCGAUCGCAUCAUCGAGAGAGAAAGGCCGCGAGAAUCUCCACGGGAAACAAAGUACAUCGAGCGUGAUCGCAUUAUUGAACGGGAGCGCGAACCUUUUAGAGAACCAACUCGCGACGUCCGCGAGCGCGAGCGAACUCUAGUUGUGGAACGGGACCGCCCGCGCUCGCCAGAUAAUUCGCGACCAUGGGAGCGACCGCACCGACCUUGGGAAGACGAACGAGCCGUUCGCGAGACAGAUGUCAGAAUCGAGAAGCGAACGACCGAACGUCACGAUGAGCCUUACGAACUCGACCGAGUCACGAGAGAAAUCGAGUACUAUGAUCGUCCCGAACCACCACCACAACCCAUCAUCAUUCGACAAAGAGCUCCAGAGCCUCAACAGAUCAUUGUGCAAGAAGCGCCUCCACCGGCACCAAUCGUUAUACCACGCGAGGAACAAAAUUACGAAAUCGUUCGACGAACAGAAGUCAAGCAAGAAGUUGCUCGGCCUGAGCCAAGACCUGAGCCAAGGCGCGAGGAAGAAGAUUACUAUUAUCGCAGAGAUGUCCGUGUUGAAGGCGGAAGAGGAAGAGAUGAUGACUAUGCGAUGGCCAAAUACGAUCGUAGAGAAAUCCGUCCUCACGACUCGGUCAGUGAUCGUGGUUACAGCGACGAUGAGGAUUAUAUUGUGAGACGAAGAAUCGUCAAGCAACGUAGUCGAAGUGGCAGUUCCCACCGUAAGCGUCAUCUAGCUGAAGGAGCGCUUGCUGGUGCUGGUAUUGCAGCUUUGGUCGGCAACCACCGCGACAAGACUGGUAAUGGCCCAGAACAUCGUGGUAGGAAUGUGGUGGGAGGAGCAGCUCUAGGCGCUAUCGGUGCUGAAGUUGUCACCAGAGCACGAAGUCGAUAUCGUGAUCGCGAGCGUGAUCGUCACAGCAGAAGUCGUUCACGAUCGAGCAGUAGACAUUCCCAUACCAAAGUCAAGACAGCUUUGGGACUCGCCGUUGCCGGUUUAGCGGCUGCGGCUGCUGCGAAAUAUGUUUCCAAUCGAAAUCAAAACAAGGAAGAAUUAGGGCGCGGUCGUAGUCGAACUCGCAGCAGAGGUCGAGGACGCUCCUCGAGUUAUUCUUCUGAUUAUGGCAGCCGGGCUCGUAGCAAGAGUGUUCAUACCGAUCCCAAACACCGAAAUGCAACAAUCGCCAAGGCUGGAGCCGCUACCGCUAUAGCUGCGGCGGUCGCCAAUCAUGUACGAAACAAGUCACGCAAGCGAAGUGGCUCACGAUCAAAAUCACGAGUUCGAACUGGUGCGGAGGUUGUCGGAGCUGGUUUGGCUGGAGCCGCAGUCGCUGGGCUCUAUGAGAAUAGAAAGGCAAAGGAGGAGAAUACUGAAAUUCAAAGAGAAGUUGAACAUGAACACGUUAAGCGAGAACGGAGAAGAAGCAGGUCGAGAGCCAGAUCCGUUGGUGCAUAUUCUGAUCCGGGAGUUGACCCAGAAUUAGGAAUGGUUCAGUACGGUACUGAUCCCGUAUAUACCACGACGCAACAUACGACAACGUACCGCGAAUUUGAUGAUGAUGAUCGAGAUCACCGAUCACGAAGUCAUCGUCGAAGACAUUCAUCCAGCUCUGACGAUCAGAGACGUGGUUCAAGAAGUCGAAGUCGAGUUCGAGAUAUCGCUGGAGCAGCUGCUGGCACCGCGGCAGCUGCCAUUGGUAUCAAUCAAUACAAGAAGAGGAAGGAAAAGAAGGAAGCUCAGCGUGAGAGGGAACGAAGACGUGAGGACCCCAGCACUCUAGAUCUCGUUCUCGCUCUAGGUCUGGAUCUUCAAUUAGGACUUCCAUUGGGAAGCGGCUAUGAAGAAGAACCACCAGACGAUUAUUAUUCUCGCGACUAUGUCGAUGAUGGUUAUUCCCCUUCUCCUCCUCACGCUUCGGGUGGAUCAUUUUAUCCUGACCACAAUCAAUUCCAACCUCCUCAACAACCUGCCUAUACUCCCGGUUUUACACAACAUCCCAAUCUCUCUACACCAAAUGUAGGACAGUCACCACUUCCAACUUAUAACCCAGCCGAUUACGCACCUGGAACUGGUCCAGCGCCACAACCUCCUCAUGACCCCUAUGGUUACCCUCCGACCGUUCCCAGAUCCGGAGACAAUGUGAGUCCAAGAACUACCACUCAUCAGUAUCCUCCUGAUCCCGCCAAUCCGACCAUGUCGGGCGCGACUCCCUAUUUUCCUCCACCACCUACCACUCCUCUACCACAAGAGCCGAGACACUCGGAGGCCUCCACACAUGUGAUGGUUUACACCCCGCCUUCAUCUCCUGAAUCAGAAACUUCAGACCACCACCGCUCCGUCGCAUUCGCCCCUCUUUCUCCUACCUCCUCCCGCCGCCUCUCCCGCAUCCAGCAGACCCACCAAGAUAACCUCGCUCGCUCAUCCACCGAUCUCGUUACAUCUCCCACUCCUACGCCAAAUACUGAACACCACCACCAUCACCGUCGCAAACGCAGAAACUCAGACCCAGGCUCCUCAGACCGGCCCUCCCGUCACAAAAACAGCUCCCUUUCUCAUCAGCGCGACCGCUCCGUCUCCCCAACCCCAUCCUCAGACAUCGAAAUCCUCCCCGACAGAUUCGAUGCCCACGGUCGUCGUAUCUACCCUGAUGACCCGCCGCCGCCGCCGAAUCCGAAUGAGAUGGUUGAGCGUCUGGUGAGUGAUUUCACGGGCGUGCUUGAGGGACGCAAGAGCUGGAAGGAUAUGUUGAGGGGGGUCGUGGAGGGGGCGCAGGGGAGUGGGAUUGCUGGAAUUGCCGGGGAGGGGAGUAAGGAGGGUUCGAGGAGGCGGCGAUGA